UCCUGCUGUAUUUCUGGUGAUUUAUAUUUUAGCAUUUUGAUUUCACCUAAUGUUAGCACUACUACAACUUCAUUUGGAUAUGUAUGAUAUAUAUUAUCACCCCAUAUCGUGCUUUAAUUAUACAGUAUAAUCCCAAGUAGACAUUUUUACUUCACUACGUGAUAUUUAGUGACCACGGGAAGGUACAGCGGCUACGUGUGAAGGCUCCGUCGCUAUAGCGGUCACUACCGCUGUAACCCCUUAAGUAUAAGUUUGGUUUUGCAAUGACAGUCCACAGAUGUAGUAUGACCUUGUGUGUGUGUGUGUGUGUGCACCUAAACAUGCCAACUGAAGACAUGAGACUGCUUUACAGCACAAAACAGAAAGAGAGCGCUGUUCUGUGUUUUUUUGUCAUGUGCACACAGUAACAUUGGGUCCAACUAAACACAACAGUGAGGACUCAUUAUACAACUAAAAAAAUGUAAAAAAUAAAUGAGCACGUAAAUAAUAAAAUAUUGUAAACACUGUAAAAUACUGCACGUAAACGUAAAUGCAUAUGACAUUGCAAUGCUCACAGAGAAAUUUUAAGCAAAUAUUUGCUUAGCAACAGUAAAAAUGCACUUUGUUGGCUUGUGGUCCAAAAGACAAAAGCAGCAAUAACAGCAGCACUGACUGAUCACAGUUCCCUCAACAAAAAAUGCCCCAUGUCGCACCUUUAAGUGAAUUAUUUCGAAACAUGAAGUCAAACAAAAUAUUCAGGAUUAUUAUUUUAACUGUAUUCCUCUGCAGAACACACACACACACACACACACACACACACACAGACACACAUGGUGCUGCAUGUGUCCUGCAGUGCUACAGUAAGCACUUCUGACCCUGGACAGAAACAAAUGGCCUUCUCUGCUUACAGCUCCCUGCCCUCCCGCCUGUGCAUGUGCAUGUGCAUGUGUGUGUGUGUGUGGUGUGUGUGUGUGUGUGUUUAUCGCAUGUGUCUGAGAGCUUUUAUUUAAGGGAGAGAGAGUGAGAGCGCUACAGUACAUCCUCUCUGCGCUGCCAUUUAUCACCCAAACUGACUCAUCCCUCCUCACCUGUUGAGUGUCAACUGCUCGUCCUGUCCCGCUUCACACAAGAAGGAUUACACUCCCACAGAGGAACACAGAGGCCUGCGGAGGGGAUGACAAGUGACACCAGGUUUUAGCUGCUGCUGCACUUGUCCUGCCUGAGCGUCCGUUCCCCAGUUUGUUCCCCGAGUCCGCCCCCUGAAGCGGUCCCCAGCAUGAGUUCCUCUCCGCUGGUGUCUCGAGCCAACAUGGACAUCCUGGACGAGCUGCAGCUGAUCGCAGCCCAGAAUCUGGAGAGGCUGGAGGUCAACAAGUACUACGAGGUGAUCAGGGAGCUGGGCAAGGGCACCUACGGCAAGGUGGACCUGGUCAUCCACAAGAUCAGAGGUACAAAAAUGGCACUGAAGUUCCUGAAGAAGAAGACAACCAAGCUGAAGUCGUUCCUGCGGGAGUACAGCAUCUCGCUCUACCUGUCCCCCUGCCCUUUUAUCAUCAACAUGUUCGGCAUCGCCUUCGAGACAGACGAGUACUACGUGUUCGCACAGGAGUACGCUCUGGCAGGGGACCUCUUCGAUAUCAUUCCUCCACAGGUUGGUCUUCCUGAGGCAGUGGCAAAGCGCUGUGUGCACCAAGUAGCCAUCGCUCUGGACUACCUGCAUUGUAAGAAGCUGGUCCACAGGGACAUCAAGCCUGAAAACAUCCUCAUUUUUGACCGAGAGUGCCGCAAGGUGAAGCUGUCUGACUUUGGCAUGACCCGCCGAGCUGGCUCACCUGUGAAAAGAGUGAGUGGCACCAUCCCCUACACGGCCCCCGAGCUCUGCGACGUGUCCCGCCACGAGGGUUUCUGCGUGGACUACAGCACUGACGUCUGGGCCUUCGGUGUGCUGCUCUUCUGCAUGCUGACCGGCAACUUCCCGUGGGAGAAGGCGCUACCCUCCGACUCCUUCUACCAGGAGUUCAUCCGCUGGCAGAGGAGGAGGACGAACACGGUGCCGUCCCAGUGGAGGCGCUUCACUGAGCAGGCCCUGCGCAUGUUCCGCCGGUUGCUCUCCGUGGAACAAGACCGCCGCUGCUCCGUCAAAGAGGUCUUCGGGUACUUCAGCCACUCCUGGAUGCUGGACGGCGAGAACAACAACAACAAUGGCAACGGCAACGGCAACGGCGGAGGUGGCGGAGAAAGGGUUGGCGGCGGAGGAGGUGGAGGAGGGGUGCGGGGAGAGGUGGAAGGCACUAUCUCGUCAUCUUCGUCCGGGGAGGAAGACGAGGAGCUCCUUGUGGAGAGGAUGAAGCAGCAGACUUUAUCUCCUCUCUCCCCGCUGUCACCCCUCUCUCCCAUGUCUCCGGUGGCGGUGGAGAGGGGGAGCGGCGGUGGGGCUAAGGGCGGGAUGAUGGAACCAGGCGGCGGCCACCAUUUCGUGUCCGUCUCCACCAACAGCUCCGUGUCGUCCACCAACAGUUACGAUCGAAUGCCGCGAGAAAACAGUUCGCCGGGUGGCCGCAUGCUGGUGGCUACACCCAUUGAAAUCUGCGUCUGAGCGCGUCAGGACGCUAAUGUUGUCACAAACUCACCGGCACACACUUUUAUACCUCUCAUCCAACCACAUGGAUGUGCAUGCAUGGAAAAAGAAACAAACGGACAGUGAGGACCAACACGUAUCCUGUUUUAAACAUCUUGGGAAAGGAAGAGCACACACAUGGAAGACUUAGAAAGUAUUUGUAGAAUGCAUACAUUCCUCAUGAGGUAGGGUUUUUGGUCAAAUUGGAGUCAAAAGACUCCAAGAGAAGCCCCAUUUACAAUUUGAUUUCAAUGAUGUGUGCAACCCAGAGGAAAAAUAAAAAAAUUGCAUUAGAGAUUCUGUCACUAAAACCAUCCAAAAAGAAGACCAAAAUGUAUUUCUUAAAGCAAUACUUCCAGCAAAAAAAAAAAAAGCAAAUAGAGACACAAAAGUGGCAGAGUGCUGUGUGAUCUCUUCAGGAUGUGACAUCUCUGAAUGAAGCCAAGGGACAAAGGAUUUGUAUUUUUGAAGAAGACUAAAACAGAGUUCCAAGGAAAUACCUUGUAAGAUAAAAACGAGCGAGCGGUGGUUUUAAAUGUUUCAUGUGUAACAAAAAAGUGAACAUGUGAGUGUGUUUGUUGUGUGUAUCACUGUGCGUUUCCGUAUGUAUGAAUCCAAAAGAAGUGGAUUUAUUUUGCUUUGAGAAUUGUAUUAUUUAUUUGAAUCUAAAAAGACUCCACACUCUAUUUUUUCUAUUGGUUUUUUUUUUUUGUAAAGCAGCUUUCUUUGUUUUUCGUUUCGACUUCACAUUGUAAUCUGGUGUUUUCUGGCAUAGCUGUGCCAAAUCCACAUCUCUGUGCAACACAUUUGGUUGGCUGCUGCACAUGUUAUGUAUGAGGUUUGACCACCACGGAAUAUUUUACCGUCCAUGACGUCAGACUAGACUGAGAAGAAGGCUUAUGAUGUCUCUGUUCUUCACAAACAUAUCUACUUCACUGUUGAAAGACUAUUUUCUACUCACUCUCAAAAUUCAGUUUCUAUAGAUUCUGUUUUCUUUGAAACUUUUUCCGAAAAUUCCGUUUGUAUUGCUGAUGUUUUCUUCAAAACGUUUUAGCGAAAUGUCUUGUCUGAAAAGAAGAGAAAAGUGAUCGCUUAGCAUUUUCAAUUCAAACUGAAGAAGAAAAAAAAAUCACACGUUGAAGAGUCACCUUUUAUAAAUUGCAUGACGAGUAAAACUCAAACUUACCUUUACGAAAAAUUUGAACCGGCUUUACAAAAAAAAAAGCAGAAAAAAAAGGAUAAAAAGACGUAAAAUGUUGUGAUGUGGAAUUUUUGCCGUAGCACAAUUUCUUGCAUUAUGUCCCAGAGUGAAUAUUGCCGUCAUGAUCUCCUGAGACAUCCUAGGGCUAAAAAAUCCGAACAAUAAUUAGUUUCUAUUCAGUGUGUUGUAUUUGUAUUGCUAUUAAUGACAUGUACAUCUUACCACCUUCAGGAACACACACACAAAAAAAAAGCAAAGCAUGAGGACAGAGAGCGAGAGGCUUGACUCACAGGUAGGGAAUUCAAUUAUGUAAUUUUAGAAGAGAUUUUUGCUUCUAAAUCGCCAAUUUUAGUGCAGUAGUGUGGCGUAGAUGUGUUUCCUCUACCAAGUUAAAAUUAACAGCAAAAAAAGUAAUCUGUUCCUUUUCUUUGACUCAUCAUAAAUAUUACCUAAAUAAUUUGAAGAAGAAAAAAAAGUAUUGGAUCACGCACAGGAAUGGGCGUUUUGUGUGUUGCUUUCCAGACAUAAACCUGCAUGAACUUGUAUGUGCUAAAGCUCUGUUGUGAAAACCUGCUCCGUGUUUCUCCUGUCACAAGCUGUAGUACUCUGUAGAUUUAGUAUAGCUGCAAACAACACGUUUCUUUAUCUUGUGAGGGCCAGUAGCCUCAGCUUGGAUCUGCCUGAGGAUCGGCUCAACUCGGUUCAGCCCUUACUGUAAACCGUUUGGAUCAUGUUCAUCAAAAGCUGCUCCCGGAUCAGCGAGCGAGUAUGCAAAUUACUACAUCUUGUGACAAUCUCUGACCUCAUCGGCAGCCUUCUGACUCAGAACAAAGGACGGUCCUGAUACAGACACUGUGGCCGUGCUGUUUGCUGUAGCUGCUUGCUCUCCAAGCAGCACUGGCUCUGCAGCGUUUACUGUGUAAGCUCCAGCACAUGAGAUUCAACUGGUGAGGCCUCUCACAUGGCCGUAUGAAGAAGAGAUAACACAGACCUGUUCAUUACCUCCUCGUGUCAUUCUUUCUCUGCAGUAUACCACCCUUCUGCUUCUCCUUAGCACUUCCCAGAUGUAUCUACAGUGUAUCAAACGUCCAUCCUAACAAACCAUUUAGUCUCAUUACAAGUCAAGUUAGAAAUGUUGUAAAUCUGGCAGUGGCGGAGCAAAGGGGUGGCCAGCGAUGGGCUCUAGGGCUGUCACUUUUUGAAAAAAAAAAUAAAUAAAUAAAUAAAGGAAUGUGAACUAAAGUAAUUUAUUCAAAUUAUCUGGAACACAACCCACAUUGCCUUAAUUAAAAAAUCCGCUGCAGAAUUGACCUUUUGUUCAUUUGCCGUGCCUCCACUGCUUUAGUGAGCAUCAAGUUUGGCUUCAGAUUUGUUGUUGUGGUAAUGCUAACGCAGGCAUUUGAGUUUUGAAAAGGCGGCAAACAGCUUUACCUUAUCUACCAUUUUUCCAUCUGUGGUGUCAAAUCCACAAUGCUUCCACACAUUACCUCUCACAUGAUCUGGUAUCAUGAUUAUCUGUUGAGCACAGCUUGCUAGUUUUCCUCCAUUUUGCAUUAGCGAUGACAACAACAACAAUUGGGUUGUUUACUGCUGGAGCAACAUUGAAUAUUUAAUUUUUUACUGUAUUCAAAUGGUUGUAAAAAGUAAAAAGUGACAGGCCUAGUGGCCAGAAUAGAGACUAAAACCUGGCCACCACACACAGCAUCACUUUUACGCUCUUUCUUUUCUUUUGCUGAACCUUUCCUGUAAAUAGCUAAGUUAGACAGCAAACGUUUUCAUACAUUGUGCAGGAGUGAUAUUAAAGGUGCCCUGCGGAAUUUUCAUGUAAACAAACAUGAUGUUAUGUUGGCGCACUGCUACAUUUCUUGCCGUGUUACUGCCACCAAUUGUCAGCAGAAUAGCAUAAAACCGACAUAUGCGUACGCAUGUGCGUCCUUGUACGCACUAAUGGUGACCCACUUGUAAAAACAUUGCUCAUAGCGCUAGUGGUCAAAAACUCCACAGGGUCCCUUUAACUUUACAGAGUGUUGUCUUUCAGAGUUUAAGUGGAGACGUAAGAAUUUUGCACCUGCACUGUAUCAAUGUAGUGUACGUACGUGUGUUCUGAAAUUCUCUCUUACUUUUACACUUCCAGUUUUUGGCUCGUUUCUUUGAAACAUCAUCAUUAUUUCAGCCCACAAGACCAUUAGGAGCUAAUUUUAGACAACAUAGCCAAAUGUUGGUCGUGAGCAAACACCCUCUAACAUCCACUAAACUGUUUAUAACAGCCCAUUUGUCUGUGAUCUCUAAUGGCGUACUGUAAGCUUGGUGCUCAUUUAGCAGUGUCGCCUCAAUGACUGAAUCAAAAAGAGAGUGAUCCAAAAUAGGGACUACUUGACCCGUGGUACUGUGCCAUGCAGAAGAAACUGACAAAGGCACAGCUUUCUGUGCCAAAGUGAAUAGUUGUUUCAGCCACCUAUAUGAAAACUUGUUUGGCUCUGCCACUAAAAUCUGGGUGAGAUAAUUCCACUUGUUGCAAUGCAGAUUCAUUCGUUUCAGAGAUUUCUGAGACACAAGACGUUAAAAACAAGGCAAGAAAUUGAUAAUUGAAACGAAAGAAACAAGUUGAUUUUCAGUUUAAUCUUGGCAUAAUUUCAUCCUAGUGAAUUUUUGCAUUGUGAUGCAACAAUAAGACAACAGAAUGUUAGAAUGGAUAUUUUGGUAUAGUGGGAGUGUUAGGAUGAAACACACGUUACUCCUGUUACUUUCAGGUCCAGUAUCCGCUGCAGCUGAGGACACCUGACCUGGGAGGAAGGAUGAGUCACACCAAACUUAGACAUUAAGGGAUACGUAACCUUCCCUUUUCUUCCUCGCCACGCCUGAAUCAGUCGCUGCUGCCUCCUCACCUCAUCCAUAACGUAAUGUGUUGUAAUGGAGUUCCAGUGUCUUUCUGUCCAGUGACAUAUUUCAAAGCAUCAUGAUUUUGGUGGAGUUUUAGUGAGUAGAUGACCACAGCACUACGACUCGUAUCCGGUUCUGUCUUUGCAAUACAACUGUCUUCCUGUAAGCUGAGAUUUAGUCAAUAAAAUGAGAAUUCUUGUUGGAGUGA